UCCCGUUCCCGUUUCCCGUUCCCCGUUCCCAGUUCCCGUUCCCCGUUCCCCGUUCCCGGUUCCCCGUUCCCCGUUCCCGUUCCCCGUUCCCGGUUCCCCGUUCCCCGUUCCCGGUUCCCCGUUCCCGUCCAGCCGCCGUCUCGGUCCCGGCCCGGGGGAGAACGAGCCCAUGGCCAGGAAAGAGCCGCUGCUGAGCGCCCUUAAAGGAGCGGUGCUGCGGCUGCGGGACGGCGGCGGGCCCUGCACGGACACCUCGCCGCACCUCGUGUCGCUGUGCCAGCUGCUGGAGAGCAUCCUGCGCAAGGGGCUCCGACAACCGGCCUGGGGCUUCCGCAGACGGGAUUACUGGCACUGGCUGGAGCAGCUCCCCACGGGCACCGGCGGCAGGCCGAGCCCUCUCUCCGCCAGCAUCCGGAGARCCGCGGGCUGUGAGCGGACRCGGACGGCGCAGGGCCGGGGGCGGYACUUUGUGCGCUUGGCCCUGCAAGGGAAGGUGCUGGCGGUGGCCGUGAGGCAGCUGGCACAGAGCCCCCGGCUCCUGGAGUUCUACGAUCCAGAGAGCUCCAUCCUCGGCAGUGAAGAUCUCCGGGAGCCUUUCCUCUCGCUGCUGCUGGUGCUGACAGAGAUGGAUUUCUCCCUGGACCUGCAGAAUUGCAGCUUCUUGGACGAGAGCUGGCUGCUGCCGGUGUGCAGCACUUAUGAGACAGUCCCGUGCCGAGCUCUGGGGAUGGUGCUCAGGUACGUGGAUGGCCGAGUGUUUGUCACCAAGGUGCUCCCCGAGAGCCAGGCAGAGGUGGACGAGGUGGUGCUGGCCGGUGACAUCCUGGACGAGAUCAACGGCUGCUCCCUGAGAUACGCCUACCCCGGGCAGGCCAGGGCCAUGCUGCAGAGGMUGAAGGGACAGCCGCUCUCCUUCCGCCUGCUCCGGUGGCGGUGGCACAAUGGGGAGGUCUUCGAGCCGCUGCUGCCCUAUCUGAAGGUGCUGAAGGAGAAGGAGCCCCAGUUCCAGCUCCAGCGCAGCCCCCGGCACAGGGGCGAGGAGCAGCCACGGCUGCUGCGGGGGGGAAGGCUGCUCUACAAGCUGCGGUACCUGGGCCAGACCAGCGUGGGGACGUAUGGAGGCAAAGAGGUGCUGGAGGGGGCCAUCCCUGCUGUGCUGGAGAGGGACGUGGCAGCGCGGGUGAGUGACAGGGCUGGGGACAUCCUGGGAAGCUGGGAGAGAAUGCAGGGUCUCUGCUGUGGAUAUUUUUUCCUGCCAGCUCCAGGAACAUUUGGCAUGACUGAAUAUUUGCCACUCCAUCACCACUGUGGAUGUUUUUCAGGUCAGAAGCAAUUGGAUAGCCAGAUUAGGAAAGGGCAUUAAGGAAAAAAUGCAGCCACCUUCGGGAAAACCCAAAAACUGUGGGAAGGCUGAGCCUGGUUCCAGGGGUGCCUUGGGUUCAGGUCWCYGCUGUUUGAGCCUUUGGGGGGUCGUUUGUGAAAAGAUUGAAGUGUGGAAGCAUUGGGUGGUGGGGAAAAAAGGGCAGCACACAGAACACUUGAAAAAGCUGGGCUUGACUGUGCUCCAUCACCUCCGUGUUUGGAUAAUCUGUGKUGAGUGUCUGAUUAAAAACAGAGAUCAGGGCUGUGCUGAUCGGGGCUUCUUCCCCCYCAUCCCCCUGCAGGAGGUUUUAUUUGAUGUGAAGGAGGCAGAAGUCCUUGUGCAGGAGAAAGCUUCUUCCAAGCUCCUGUGCCGCCAUCCCUACCCCUCCAUCUCCUGCGUGGGACGCUGCCCGUGGAGCCCCAGGAUCUUCGCCUUCUGUGUGCUCUCUUCCCCCGAGAGCCCUGACGGGAGCACGUUCGACUGCCUGGUGUUUGCAUCCAGUUCGGAGCAAGAAUGCGAGGAAAUCAUCGGCAGAAUCGCUGCAGGAUUUAAGCACACCGAGUGGUUUGUCUGAUGAGAGAAGCUCACAAUGAGGAGCCACUGCCCCAGCCGUGCCCAGCAGCAGCUGUGGGAUGCAGGCCCUGGCUCCCGGAGCACGAACGGGGAUGGUUUUUAUKCUCUUCCACUCCAUCCUGGUGGGAGAUCACGGACAGCCAGUGCYGGGUAGGAACUGCUGCUGCUCUUCCCCCAGAACACCACAGCGCUUUCAUUGGAAUAAAUCAAGCCAGGCUGGCUCAACCACUUCCCUGUGCUGCUUUCCGUGACAAGUCCAGCCUUACUCGUGCAGCCUGUCGGGGCAGGGCUGAGUGGCCUUACCCUCAAUUUCCGUGU